GCCCCUCCCGCGCGCGUCCACCGGCUCCCCGGCUCGCGCGGCUCCAUGUAGCCCCGGCUCCCCGGGAGGCCGCGGAGGAGGGGGCGACCACAAGAUGACGGACCUCUCGCUGCUCCAGGAGGACCUGCAGGAGGACGCGGACGGAUCCCUGGACUUUGUCUCACAAGAUGAAAUGUUGACGCCACUGGGGAGAUUGGACAAGUAUGCUGCAAGUGAGAACGCUUUUAACAGACAAAUGGUGGCCCGGAGUUUGCUGGACACAUUGAGGGAAGUCUGUGAUGAUGAAAGGGAUUGUGUUGCUGUUUUGGAAAGAAUCAGCAGAUUGGCUGAAGAUUCAGAACCAACUGUGAGAGCGGAGCUGAUGGAGCAAGUGCCUCAUAUUGCAUUGUUUUGUCAAGAAAACAGGCCUUCAAUACCAUGUGCUUUUUCCAAAUACUUAUUACCUGUUGUGGUUAGAUAUCUUGCGGAUCAGAAUAAUCUGAGGAAAACAAGUCAGGCAGCCUUGUUGGCUCUGCUGGAGCAGGAGCUAAUUGAGCGAUUUGACGUGGAGACCAAAGUGUGUCCCGUCCUCAUAGAGCUGACCGCCCCAGAUAGCAAUGAUGAUGUGAAAACAGAAGCUGUGGCUAUAAUGUGCAAAAUGGCUCCCAUGGUUGGGAAGGAUAUUACAGAGCGUCUUAUCCUUCCUAGGUUUUGUGAAAUGUGCUGUGAUUGCAGAAUGUUUCAUGUUCGAAAGGUCUGUGCUGCCAAUUUUGGAGAUAUUUGUAGUGUAGUUGGCCAGCAAGCUACUGAGGAGAUGUUGCUGCCUAGAUUUUUCCAGCUUUGUUCUGAUAAUGUGUGGGGAGUCCGGAAAGCUUGUGCUGAAUGCUUCAUGGCGGUUUCAUGUGCAACGUGUCAGGAAAUCCGACGGACUAAAUUAUCAGCACUGUUUAUUAAUCUGAUCAGUGAUCCUUCACGUUGGGUUCGCCAAGCAGCUUUUCAGUCUCUGGGACCUUUCAUAUCUACUUUCGCUAAUCCAUCUAGCUCAGGCCAGUAUUUUAAGGAAGAAAGCAAAAGUUCAGAAGAUGCGUCAGUAGAAGACAGAAAUAGGAUCAUUGGUCAAGAAGUCCCAGAGGAUGUGCAGAUCAGGCCAGAGGAUGUUUCUUCCAAUCUCACUGUUAGUAGUUCCACUGUUGAACUGGAGGACGCAGUGGAAGACCAUGCUGCUGAAACACCCAGGGAAUGUCCAGGUGUGGACAGCUCUUUACUGUGUACCAUGUCCUCAGAAUCUAAUCAGGAAGCAGCUAAUAAUGAGAAUGAUAAAAAUCCUGGGAACUACAAACCUACAUUACAACCUGAGAUUGGCACCAGUUCACAAGACUCAGCAGUCUUAGAUCAGGAAUUGUACAACUCCUUCCAUUUCUGGAGGACUCCUCUUCCUGAAAUAGAUGUAGAUACAGAGCUUGAACAGAACUCUGAGGAAGCGCUCAGCCCAGAGAGACCAGAGAAAACAUCUGAAGUCCCCAGGCCAGGGUCUCCAAACAUCACCAUGGCUACCAGAAAGGAGCUUGAAGAAAUGAUAGAAAAUCUAGAGCCCCACAUUGAUGAUCCAGAUGUUAAAGCACAAGUGGACGUGCUGUCUGCCGCGCUGCGUGCUUCUAGCCUGGAUGCUGAGGAAGAGACCAUCAGUACAGAAAAGAAAAGUGAUUUGCAAGACGAACUGGGUAUAAGUGAGCUACCAAAUUGUAAAAUAAAUCAAGAUGAUUCUGUGCCUUUAAUCAGCGAUGCUGUUGAGAGUAUGGACUCUGCUCUCUGCUAUAUUCACAAUGAUUCAGACUUGAGCACCAGCAGCAGUUUUAGCCCUGACGAAGAAAGGAGAACUAAAGUACAAGAUGUUGUACCUCAGGCUUUAUUAGAUCAGUAUUUGUCUAUGACUGACCCCUCGCGUGCACAGACGGUUGACACUGAAAUUGCUAAGCACUGUGCAUACAGCCUUCCAGGUGUGGCCCUGACGCUUGGCAGACAAAACUGGCACUGCCUCCGAGAGACCUACGAGACUCUGGCAUCAGACAUGCAGUGGAAAGUUCGCAGAACUUUAGCCUUCUCCAUCCACGAGCUUGCAGUUAUUCUCGGAGAUCAGUUGACAGCUGCGGAUCUGGUUCCAAUUUUUAAUGGAUUUUUAAAAGACCUUGAUGAAGUCAGGAUAGGUGUCCUUAAACACUUGCAUGAUUUUCUGAAGCUUCUUCAUAUUGACAAAAGAAGAGAAUAUCUUUAUCAACUUCAAGAGUUUUUGGUGACAGAUAAUAGUAGAAAUUGGUGCUUUCGAGCUGAACUGGCCGAACAGCUGAUUUUACUUCUAGAGUUAUAUAGUCCCAGAGAUGUUUAUGACUAUUUACGUCCCAUUGCUCUGAAUCUGUGUGCAGACAAAGUUUCUUCUGUUCGUUGGAUUUCCUACAAGUUGGUCAGCGAGAUGGUGAAGAAGCUGCACGCAGCCACGCCUCCGACGUUUGGGGUGGACCUCAUCAAUGAGCUGGUGGAGAAUUUUGGCAGAUGUCCCAAGUGGUCAGGCCGGCAGGCCUUUGUCUUUGUCUGCCAGACUGUCAUUGAAGAUGACUGUCUUCCCAUGGACCAGUUCGCUGUGCAUCUGAUGCCACAUCUGCUCACCUUAGCAAAUGACAGGGUUCCAAAUGUGAGAGUGCUGCUUGCAAAGACACUAAGGCAAUCUCUACUGGAGAAAGAAUAUUUCUUAGCCUCAGCCAGCUGUCAUCAGGAGGCCGUGGAACAGACCAUCAUGGCUCUUCAGAUGGAUCGUGACAGUGAUGUCAAGUAUUUUGCAAGCAUCCACCCCGCCAGUACUAAAAUCUCUGAAGAUGCCAUGAGCACAGCUUCCUCAACCUACUAAAAGGCUUGAGCCUCGAUGUCUUUCCCGCCUCUCCGAGAGCCGAGGUUUGCCGAGUGAUCUGCGGUGGCUUGUUGGGGAGGAAACCCCUUCCUCUCGCAGACUUAAUGCAGGUGCAAGUUCCCUACACCCAAUACCAGGGCUUUUAAGAGUCAAGAGAAAGUACAGCAAACAUGAUCUUACCUUGACUUUAAGGGAAAAUAAUUUCUCAGAGGAUUCUAAUUGUCACCGAAGCCUUAAAUCCUUCUGUCUUCCUGAUUGAGUGAAACUUGAAUUGGCAGAGCAUUUUCCUUAUGGAAGGGACGAGAUUCCCAGAGACCUGGAUUGCUUUCUCCUGAUUUUAUUUAAUGGCCGAUAAAUGAAAUUCUUACAGCCAGAGGCAGAUGUGCACCUGGACAUGAAAGAGACCUUCAGUAUUAGCCCUGACUGUUUCUCCCAGGCACAAAGACCUGUUGGGUUCUGUAGCCAGCUGCCCAGCCUGGCCCUCAGUGUGAAUAGUUCCUGACAUGUGUAAAUGGGAAAGGAGAUUUUUUGGAUUUCUCCUCAGGGCUUGAUGCUAACACUAAAGUAGACUCUGAUUUUAACUCUUAAAUGCAGCAUAUUGCUGUACACAUUUACGGAACAUUUGCUGAGUAUCUAUGUCCUGAUUUUUUCAUGCUGGUCGUGACCUGAAGGAAGUUUAUUAGCACAUGUACUGUAUGUCAGGUGUCUUUAACUUGAUCAUGAUCAGCUCUGAGGUGCAACUUUUUCUUCACAUACUGUACAUACCUGUGACCACUCUUGGGAGUGCUACAGUCUUUAAUCAUGCUGUUUAAAACUGUUGUGGCACAAGUUCUCUUGUCCAAAUAAAAUUUAUUAAUAAGA